AUGGUCGGCGAACCGGCCCAUGCAAGGCGUUUGCAGAGUCUGCAUGUCACACUCAUUCGCCAUGGCCAAUCCUUAGACAACCUCACAAACGUAUGGGCCGGUCACAAGGACUCGCCCCUGACAUCUACCGGCCUGGCACAGGCGAGGGCACUGGCCGAGUCCUUUGCACAGAUUCACAUCGAUGCCAUAUACGCCAGCGACCUCAAAAGGGCGAGUCAAACCGCGCAUGAGGUGCUCAAUGCCAAUCGUACAAUACCUCCGCCUUUGAUGGUCCAGACGCAGUCGUUACGAGAGCAGCACUUCGGACUUGCAGAGGGUAGGGACUGGACCGAGGCAGAGUGGACCAAUCCCAACAAGAGCAAAGGGGCCGACGCUCGAAAGCUGGCCUUUCCCGAGGGAGAAAGUCUCGAGGCCGUCAAUGCCCGUUUGACGACUGCCAUCAGGAGAUUCAUCGUACCUCGUCUCGAAGCGCUGCGAGGGCCAGAUCUCUGGUCCGGACCGCCGCCGCACGUGGUCAUUGUGGCCCAUGGUAUUUCCAUUGCAGAGAUCCUUCGAGUCCUCAUGUCCUACCACGACGUCGAGUCCAGCUACCCAGCGCCAUGGCCACAUCCAGCUCUGGCCUACAAGCGAGUCAGGCUCGACAACACCGGGUGGACUCGAUUGCAACUCAGUGUGCCUUUUGGACAUACUUCGAGUACUGAAAAGACAGUGCCGCCCGCAGAAGCUCCACAACUCCUUGGCCCUGCAGGAAACGGUGGCAAGGCAGACAGCGGGAGCACCUCACCCACGCCCGCUGCCAGGAUACCAGCACAGCUGUCGACUGCAGAUGGUGGAAAAGCCAUGCAGUCGGCGGUCGAAGGCGAGACAUCAGCUGUCCCCAUCGAUCCUCCUUCUUUGAUCUCUCAGCUGCCAAAGCCGCCACGGAGAGACAUCUUUGUCAAGUUCGUUGGUCAUCAGAACAAUAUCGACCAUUUGGCAGGAUUCGCCAUGUCGGGCGGCAUUGGAUCUGCAGCAAAUAUCCUAGGAGGUGGAGUAGCAACAGACAAUGGCGGUUCGAGAGAUGUUGAGAGACAUAAGGAGACGAAGGGCGCUGGGAGAGGUGCCGUUGGCGGUGGCUUGACCAGGCCAGAUUCAGGUCAUGGCAAUACAGUGCGCUCGCGUCUCAAUCAGAGCACAGCCACUUCCACGUCCAGUGGCCUGGCCACACCAGAAGGUAGCAUUGGGGACAGAAGGCCCUCUCCCACCAACAAUGCAUCAUUUGGCGGCUCUCCAUCUGGCAAGUCCGGAUCCUACUCAGACAAAUCGAUACCCUCAUCUUCCUCAGAUCCACUUGGGCACAGUGGCCUCUCCAAAGCCACGGGCAAGCAGCUCAGCUUUCCUUCACCAGCUCAUACACUUCAAGCACCAGGAGCCUCAAGUGAUACCUGGAAAGGAAUUUGUUCAAAGAUCCUACCUCUGUUUGGUACUGAGGGUCUCAAGACACCCGUUGAAGAGAUUAGCGAAAGCGUUUCGAUACACAUCAGGCGGACACUCGAUCGUGGUCCUGCCAGGGCUUGGAGCUCUCUGACACUCGACCUACGGCAGCUGAUAGGUACUGGUCUCUUGGCCCUAGAGAACAGAUUAGGCGGUGCGUCUUCUCUGUCGGCGGGCGAGGACAGGCAACUCCUCAUGAAGCUAGCAGAUUGCUGGACGGCAUUUGGUCAAAUUCUCCCGUGGAUCGAAGCGGCCUUCCUACCCCUUGCAACUGACCCGGUGCUGCUCAGCCUGGCUACGGGCGGAUCUGCGAAUGGGAGAAGCCUGCCAGCGCAAAGUCUGUCCCCAUCGGACAGCCACCACAUUCUCUCUUCCCCCGGCUCAAGCAACACAAGUCAUCAGCAGCAAUCACUACUCCGCUCGCAACCAGUAGACGUCAAGAAGCUUGGUCUGUCCGUCUUCCGAGACUCGCUCGUAUUGCCGCACUUUGACAGGCUGGUUCAGCUCUUUGCCAAAAUGGGUGAAUUCGGUGGCGCCAUGGCGCAGGAGGGUCACUAUACUGGUAGCGCGCCAGCAGCAUCAUCUGGAGGGCGUCCUAGCGCUACUGCUACACAUUCCAAUCCUCUCCUGGAGGAAGACGCCACUUCCUCUUCUCCAGGCCCCCUCGUGACCAAGCUCACACAAAUGAUUCACAUCGUCCGCUCCGUUCAAUCUGGUGAUGACGCUCAGCAAGGCAUCGACGGUCUACUGCGUGCGCUCAGAGUGGGCACAUCGAGGGAAGGACGAGCCUCGGUGGCGUAUGGCGGAGGAGGGAUCCCAGCCUCCUGUUCCAUGGGAAGCACAAGUGGGAGCUAUGAUCGUGCCAAUAGAAGAGGGUGGGUCCCACCACCUUCGGGAAGACGGAAGAGCUCGUUUGCCGCUGCGCAAGAGAGGGGAGAAGAAGAAGUUGCAGCGGCAGCGGCGGCGACGAGUGGUGAAGCCGUCGGAGUAGCUGGGAAUGUAAAGCGCCAGGGCAGUAGUGGGUCUACUAACGGCCACGGGAGGAGGGGAGGGCGAAGGAAGCACUACAGGCGGAGCAUCCAGCACGCAGGAAGUGGAACACCCCCUGCCGGCAAGCCUCUCGGCAACAGCACUUCCAGCGCCACAAACUCCCCGCAGCCCCCUCACCCGCGGUGA